UACGGAGAGGGCAUCCAAACACCCUCUUAAGGUGAAAAUAUCUUUAAGAUUUGUUUCUAGGGUUUAUCGAUUUCUGUUUUUGAUUAGGGUUUAUCAAAAUCUCGUUUACCGCUCACCAGAACUCACUCUCACAGACUCCCCCUUUCUUCUACUGCUGGUGGUUUUGGGGUGCAAUGUAUCGAUCCUUGUUGAGCAGAAUCAAUGGAGUAACUCUGAGAAGGGCGACAACCAUCAUCAAUGGAGAAUCUUCUUCUUCAUCAUUAUUAGCGCCUCCAGCUAAGUAUUUUUCCAGAAUACAAAAUCAAAAUGUUUCUGUAAUUUCAAAUUCUAGGGUUGUUACUUCCACUUUCUCAUCCUUCUCAACCACUACUAGUACUGAUUCUGAUUCUGAAUUCGUGGUUUCUUAUCUGAUUAAUUCAUGUGGAUUAUCCGAAACUGAAGCUCUUGCUGCUUCUGAAAAACUCAAUUUCAAAACAAAAACCAAACCAGAUUCAGUCUUAAAAUUGCUGAAAUCACAUGGAUUUACUGAAUCCCAGGUUUCUAAAGUUAUCAGUAAGGUUCCAUCCAUCCUCCAGUCCAAUAAUCCUAAAGUAACCCUUGAAACCAAACUAGAUUUCUACAAAUCAAAAGGAAUUUCUGAAAUUGAGCUUCCCAAUUUCAUCUUAAGUUUCCCAGGAUUACUCACGCUAAGCUUAAAUAAACAAAUAAUUCCUUGCAUUGAUGCACUUAAGAGCCUUGUUCAGUCUGAUGAAAACCUCCUUAAAAUGAUUAAACGGAAUCCUUGGAUUAUCAAUGCAGACCAAGUUAAAAUAGUGAUGGUCAAUGUAGAGUUUUUGAGAAAUGAAGGUGUGCCGGAAACUAAUAUGUUUUUGUAUCUAAUCAAGGGACCAAGAACAUUUAAUGCCGAGGGGGAUAAAUUUAAAGAGAUUGUAAAGAAGGUUAAAGAAAUGGGUUUCGAUCCUUCACAAGUUGAGUUUCUUAUGGCUCUGCAUGUGUUUAGACUGAUGACGGAAUCCAGUUUGAGGAAGAAAAUGGAUGUUUACAAGAGAUUGGGGGGUUGGUCCGAGGAUCAAGUUCAAUCAGCAUUCAGGAAGAGUCCUACAAUUAUGAAGACCUCUGAGACAAGGAUUAUGGAGGUUUCGAAUUUCCUUGUGAAUGAGAUGGGUUAUGAUUCAUCAAUUGUUGCUGAAAACCCAGUAAUUUUUACUUGCAGCUUGCAUAGGAUUUUCCCAAGGUGUUCUGUUAUCAGGGUUUUAGUCUCCAGGGGUUUGAUUAAAGAAAACGUUUCUCUAAGUACACUUGCUACCUUGCCAGAUGAGUCUUUUUUGGAGCAAUUUGUGGAGGAAUAUGAACAAGAAGUCCCUGGACUAAUGAAGGUAUUCGGAGGUCAAUUGAAUUACCAGGAGCUACUACAGAACUGAAGGAGUUGAAGGAGUUGUUGAGAUGAACAUGUAGAGAAGACUGUGAACAUUAAAGGUGUGGUUGGUCCCUCACAGUUUCAGUGUACAUAUUAUAAUAGCAAAUUCUACCUUGUUGAGGCUCAUAUGGUCUCUCGUUCGCUCUCUUUUCUUAGCACCAACACCUGAAACUAAUUUUUGUUCCUUCUCUACUAGUUAUUUUGAAAUUCAUAUGAAUGCUUUAGUUUUGCAAUCUCACUGUUGUUAGUUUGAAAUGAAAGUACGGGUCUUAUUUUUUUACUUUGAAAGUUGUGGUCUUGCUUUACUGUAUUCAUCUGGUCACAAGCUUAAUGCUCCAUAAAAAAUUCUCUACAGCUUUGUUAA